AUGCAGAUCUCUCUCACUAGUGAUGAUAAUGAGGAUACACAUAUUUCAGACACUGCUGGUAGUGGUGGUACUACUACUAUUAGUAACGGUACAAGUAGAGGUGUUGUUAAUGAGGAUGUAAUAAAGUGUGAGAUACUAAGCCGCCUCCCUGUCAAGUCAUUUAUGCGUUUCAAAUGUGUUUCUAAAACCUGGCUGUCCCUGAUUGAAGAAGAUCCACAAUUUGCUGAUUUGCAUUAUGCACAUGCAAAAGCACGUCCAAGUAUCCUUUUCGUGAUUCCGCGUGCUCGACCAAGGGAUCCAAAUAAUCCGCACCAGAACAAACAUGAUCAGUUGACUUUAACAGCCAAUCUAAUUAAUGAUCAAGGAAGCAAAGCAGAAGCUCACAAGAUAAGGAAGGUAAAAUCGUCUUGUUAUAAUCAGAUUCUGGGACCUGUAAAUGGUGUAGUCUGUUUUGUUGACAAAGUCAAGUCUGAUGUUUGUGUAUACAACCUCAGCACUAGAGAGAAAACUCCUGGUGUUAGAUCGACAUUGCUAAUGCCAAUAGAAGAACAGUGGGGCAGUUCAUUUAAUAAAAUCUAUGAGUUCGGAUUUGAUCCUACCACAAGAAAACACAAAGUAUUGUGUAUUUGUCAUCGUACAACUCAACAACCAGGUGAAUUCUACAUCUAUGGUCCCUAUCAAGUUUGCUACGUCUUGACCAUAGGAGACAAUGCGUGGAGAAGUUGGGCUGGUGGUUGGAAAAAUGGUGAUGCCGUAUUGGUUGCAUUUGAUGUCGGUAUUGAGAAGUUCAGAACGAUUCUAAUUCCUAAUGUCAUCCUCAGUAGCCCGCCUUCUGAUUAUUGGUUUAAUCAACAUGCCUACUUGUUACAAGUGAAUGGGCAUGUAGCUAUAGCUUGCAGAUUUGGUGCUUAUAUUGCCAAGAUUUGGGUAUACAUAGAAGAUACCGAGAAUGAUAACAACGGAACUUGUGAGGAGAAAUGGGCUGAGCAUACCAUCAAAUUUCCUUUUUGUUGGGAUAGAAAUAUAUAUUGGGGUUUUUAUACAGGUGCAGGAGUGGACCAAAUACUCGUACAAUCUGAUCGAUGGGUUGUUAGUGGAAUAGACCCUGCCUUGACUCUUUAUUCUUACGAUCUGAAGAUGAAGACGUUCACCGCAAUUGAAGUCAGUGGGAUUCCUUCUUCAAUUUCAAAUGACUGUUCUAUUAAAUUGGUUUCAAGUUUUUCCGAAAGCCUUUGGGCACCCAUUCAGAAGCAGCAGUGA